UCCCUUUCUUGCAAGUUUCAAACACAAAAGAAAAAACAUGUUGGGAAAAAAGAUGGUUUGCUUGAAGAAGUUAGCCAAGAAGGUGAAAUGCAUGGGUGGAGGUGAUCGAGAGCAAUCACAAUAUGAAAGCUUGCUAAGGGAAUUUGAGCAAAUGUCUCCUACAGCCUUAACCCCGUCUGGAUUUUUUGCUAUAUAUGUAGGAGAGGAGGAAGAAAGAUUUGUAGUGCCAACCAGCUUCCUGUCUCAUCCGCUCUUCAAGAUGUUGCUGGAGAAGUCAUACAAUGAAUAUGGUUUUGAGCAAAGGAAUAAGCUAAUUGUUCCAUGCAGUGUCCCUGCAUUUCAAGAAGUUGUGAAUGCUGUAGAAUGUUGUAAUGGGAAGUUUGAUUUUGGAAAACUAGUUGAAGAGUUUCUUUAGAAAAAAAAAAAAAAAGUUGGCCUCUUAUAGUACUAGGGAACUAUAAUCUUUAACCUAUACUCUGAGCUUAUAGUUCCAUGAAUGCAUCAGACUUGUAGUUCCCUUGUAUGAUACACAUCCAGCUCUGCUGCAGUGCUGAUUUUGAUCAUAUUAAUAACUUUCCUAGGUAGAUUAGAUUGAAUCAAGUUCAAAAGAACAUGAGGUGAAUUAAUUCCCCAGUCCUGGUUUUUCUUCUUGUAAAUAUUUGCAGCAACAACUUAAAAUGUGAUGCCAGAAAAGUAUUAGUUGGAUUACCAUUAGAAAUCAUUUUCUGAAAGCGCAAGAAGGGAAUAUAUCC